AAUGUGUUUUAUGGUUGGCUAGCUAUCUAUUUUUGGUACGCACAACACGAGGUUUCGAAAGUCGAGAAAAGUAAAAAUUGUACGGGUUAACGUCCCCGUUUGGAGCUGUUUACUGAUUUUGAUCAUCGAUGAGGAAGCUCGCUUCUCUGAGAAACAUACGCAUGCACACACUCGGACGUCUGGCUGUAGAAGCUUGUUAGCCAGCCAGUACAUCGAUGCCAAGAUGACGACGUCCAACUACUUUGAGUCUCUGACCAAGCUCAGACUAGGAGGACAGACGACGGUGGGCCCUGACAACCAAGACACAUACAUCUUGGAAAUUGAUGCCCAAUCACAUUCGCUAUGUCGCGGCGAUCCCCUGGUGGCCGCGGUGUGUUCAGACAGCGCCGUCCACGUUUACUCUAAGGGCACUCUUUCACCGAUUGGUACAUUCCAAGGUCACAGCGAUAUGCUCUCCGGUGCACGGUUUGGCAAUCGUAACCCUUAUCAUCUCUUCACAUCGUCCAAAGACGGAACAGUCAGGUGCUGGGAUAUGCGGACAAAAAGAACGAGGGCAUCACAGGUGUACACAGGUAUCCAAGGCAACAUGUUCACCAGUUUUGACGUCAGCUGUAAUGACUCCAUUAUCUGUGCCGGGACUCAGGCCCAGGGAGACGAUGCCUAUUUGAUAUUCUGGGACUGUCGCUCAACCAAUCUCCUUGGUGCCUACAAGGAAUCACACUCAGACGACAUUACACAGGUACGAUUUCAUCCCAGCAAACCAGAGAGCUUAGCGACAGGGUCAACGGACGGUCUGGUCUGUCUGUUUGACAUCAGUCAGAGUAGCGAGGAAGACGCUUUAGUCACCACUCUCAACUCGGAGUCCUCCGUGAGUCGCAUAGGUUGGUGUGGAUCCAACAACGAAUAUCUUUACUGUUUGACACAUACAGAGACGAUACUCAUCUGGGAUGCUGUGGAGUCAUCAGUGCUCACAAGAUUUGAUGAUGUCAGAGAAAAGCUUGCAGAGGAGGAUCAGUGUAAAGUGGACUACCUGGUGGAUUGCUUCUACCAUGCACCGAUGAAAUCUCUGGUCGUUGUCGGGGGAUCAUUUAAUGGUGAUCUGAACCUGUUGACGGUUGGUCGUGAUAGAGUGCAUAAGGUGCGGUCCCUUCCUAGUGCACAUAGCGGGAUGGUCCGUUGCCUAAAUUGGGAUAACAUGUCUGAGUGUCUGAUCACCGGUGGGGAGGAUUCGUUACUAGCCGUCUGGCCCGGCAAAGACCCCCGACCACGGAAGCCAGUCAGCAGAUCCGCGGGCGCGACCCCGACGUCAGCCACGACCCCAGUGACCCCUACGACCCCAAUGACCCUGACAAACCCAAACGCCCUCUUGAUGCGGAAACGCAGAGCGGAGAAACGGACGGCCUUGAGCGAGGACGACAUCGAGGUCACCAAGCGCAUGCAGCGAAUGAAAGUCGACCAGAGUCGCUCAGCUACUGUUAAAUGACUACCGGAGAGAGUGGAGCACUACGAACUUUGUACGCUAAUCUCCUGAACUGAACUCCACAGAACAACGAAAAACAAAAUCACAAGUGGACGUAUGGAUGAUAUGUUUAUUAUGUUAGUUCGGGCGAUCCACUAACUUUGUCCAACACUUCAAAUGGUGCCGUGCUGUUCAUGAACUGAACUGGACAAAACCACGAAAAACACAAAUCACAACUAGACUUAUUGGUGGUGUGUUUAUUUUGUGUGUUCAAUGGAUCCACCGGUCGCUUUCAACACUUCAAUUGGUGCAGUGAUGUUCAUGUUAACUCCAAGAUCUGGAAGACGUAAUUAAGGGUGAAAAAAAACAAAGUCCGGAGGAUAUAUUGGAUCCCUCGAUGUACAUGUGGAAAGGAUCUGAAAUAUCUGCUGAAGGUGAUGAUAAUUUUCCUCAAAUAUCGUUAACAUUUCAUCGGUUUGUGUCCAGUUACAUUAUCAUCAGAAAAUUAUUUUCUAUGUACAGCUACAAAUUACUCUUUUCAGUAUCUUUUUUGCUGCACAUCUGUUGGAUUUCGGAUUUCUUUUUAGGGAGGGUUGAUUUUUUAUUUUAAACAAUUAUCAAAAAUUGAAAGCAUCCAGUGAUUAACUGAAAUCUUCAAAUUCUGCUCACAAAACAGUUUUAUUUUUUAUUCUUGAAUUGACUUCAUCAUGGCUGAAAACUAAUUGUAUUCAUUCGAAGGGUUUUGUUUUUAUAAAUUCCAUUUUGUCAUCAGUAAUUUGAAGCUCAGCAGAGGAUACUGUGAUUUUGUUGAAGGUGAAAAUUGUACAGACUAUUUUUGGAAUCAAAAUGUAUAAUUGUGUUUCGUAUGUUUUCCAUACUUACUUGUUUGUGUAUAAUUUACGAGAGCAUUUUAUCAGACGGUGAAAAAAACCUAUGAACAGCUUUUAAUUUCAAAUUCAGUUCAAAACACAGUUUAAAUCGUGCAAGAUCAAAGUGAACCAGAUUUUUUUUAUUGUGAUGAUACAAGUGUUGAUAUCGGUUUUGCAGAUAAACCACUUUAAAAUUUCUGUAAGAUUUUUUUGUUUGUGUGUGACAGAUGAAAAGCACAAUUUUGUACUUGAAAUAACUGGAAGAAAAUUUGCUGAAAAGUUAACUAGUAAAUGUUUUUGCACCUUUUCCCAUACACCACGUUUCUUUCUCUACACUUUUUGAUGUUCACGACCUGUUCAAUCAAUGGUGCAUUUUCAUUUUCAUUUUUCUUUAUUCCUUCUUUUUUUCCCAACAAGUGGAAUAUUAAGCACUUAAUAUUUUCUUUGAAAGUUAUCAUUUCUUGUCUAGAUUCAGAAAAUUGACAGAAUAUUUCACAAGUAUUCCAGUAUUUUCUCCUUCAUAUUUUUAAAGCUGCAUUGCUAUGUAAAGGCACUAUUUUCAUGAGUAAAUCCAGUCAAAGGCUUUGUAAGAUCAUGUUUAAAGUGCUGAUAUUAACACUACAUGUCUUUCUCCACACAGUAGAACUUCAGUUAUGAUGUAUGUGCGUGCACGCACUGCCGAGUCAUGUUGAACUGUCUGUAAAGCACUAUGCAGAUUCAUCUGGGCCAUUUCUAUAAAUAAAGGGUGACAUUUUUCCUGUCCCUUUUACUUUUUCAUUUUCCACUCAAGUAUCAUUAAAAAGAAUUUAAACUAUUUUCAUAUUUUGCUUUACUUAAUCACACUUAGUGGGAAAAAAGGCAUUGAGGAGUUCAUCCAGAAUUUACAAAGUUGUACAUGUCGGAUAUAACAGGGACAGGAAAAAAAGUGGAUCCCAAAUGUAUAGAAUGACCCAUGUACUAGAAAAAAUAACUGCACACUCUGUUGUUGUCAUUAAGAACACAAGAGGGCGCUGUUUAAAAUCUACCAUUGGCGUUUCAUGGAGCUGCUGAGUGGGAAAUUGCUAAACAAAAACAAACAGUUGCUUAGCAACAACGGUUACCAGCCAAAAUAUCAUACAGUGUUUAUUGACUGUCACUGGUUCACAACUAGUUUGUGCUAAGCACAGUUUUUGCUUGGCAAUAUAAAUGUCUGUUGGGUAGCUCUAUAAAUAAGCCCCUUAUGCAUUACCUAUUUUUCUAAAUUAGGAGGGAUUUUAAAUUUCAAAAAGUUAAAAAAGAAGAAGAUGGAAUUCAAUAUCAGAGAUGGUUUGGCCAACAUUGAUGUCUCAAAUUAGCACUUUGAAGUUAUGACUUUUUCAUACGAUGGAUACAGUUAACUGAAAGAAUAUUUAACUCGAUGUAAAAUAUCCUUUUUCAUACUAGAUCAUAUUAUUCAUGCUCUUGACAAAGUGUUUUAGUCUUGUCUACAUUCAAUUUUGUAAUUUAACGUAUGGCUGUUUCAAAAAAUAUUCCCAACCAAUAGCAAUUGUGUUCUCAAAUCAGCAAAACACAGAUUGUACUGAACAAAAUCUGAUUCAUAAUGAGAAAUAUGUGUAAAAAGGUCCCCCAAAAAAACUUGUGUAAGGACCAUGUCUUUCAAUAAGAAUUCAUGUUGAAGCAUUUUAGUUGCUGAAAGGUAUAACUUUGGUUUUGAGUGAGAGGCAGCCAUUUUGAUGUCUUACUGUACUCGGCCAUGAGACUCAUGAGGUUAGGUAGUCUGGUCCCUGUAAUUCUACUCAUAUCAUAAGGAUGCUCACUGCAUUCGAAUUGACACCAGACCAAGAUGGCUGCUGCAUGUUGAGUGGUGAUCUUAUUAUGACUUAUUAUGCAUUCGUAAUAACUAUGCUGACUAUGAAGUCUUUCAUUCUUCGUUUUCUGAUUAUAACUUUAAAUUAAUCUUGCAAGGCAGUGUUUUGUGUACUCCAAAGCCGAGUUUUAUAGGCCCAGACCUCACUAUUGAUAAAACCACAAAGGCCAUUGACCAAUCAUUCUCAAAAGCCAAACACUUUUAUCAAAAAUACUCGAAAUCAUCAGAAUGAACCAGUUUUUCAAAAAACAAAAAUGCUAAACAAAAUGGCGCUGAAGGGUUGUGAAAAAAAGUGUUUGCUGUAAUGUGUCUGUAUCUGCCAUGUUGUGAUGUCUGCAAGUUUGUUAUAAUACUCAGCAGACAAAACAAUAGAAAGAAACGAUCUUUCGGCUAAGAUACAGAAACUCCAGUAAUAUAAAAUAUUCAGUUUGCCUUUAUCCCUUUUGCCACUAAGAAAAGCAUAUUUUCAAUGGAAUCAAGCGCUAUGAAAUGCUUUACUCCAGAAAUUCGCUCAUAUAUCCAGGCUAGGCGUGCUUUGCCCAACUGAUGCCAUGCCACGACCGGCCAGGUCUGUAUGACUGGCCGCCUUGGGUUGGAGGCUAAGCAUAUCCUACACUUUUAAUACUGCACUGGAGUCUAACCUAUACCUAGAAACAAUUGACUUUGUGAGUUAAAAUCAUUCACUGAUUUCCUUGUCAGAAUACAUGACGUUUAACAUACAGCUAUAGGGUUCCUAGCUCUGUGUUUUAACGGGUAUAAGGGUUUAUAGAAUGGGUGAAAUUUUCAAAAAUGUGAACGUCUUUCAAAUAUUGCACUUACGUCGAAGCUUUCAUUAUUCUAAUUUGAAUAUGCAUAUUUACACGAUAACGUCACUUUUGCAUACUAGUAUCACGUCUAGUGUUUUUGUCUGUACAACGAUACUGAUCUUGCCUAUAUAUAAUUUGUAAUAAACACGAUUAUUAUUAAAAUA